UUGUCUUGUCGUCUGGUCCUAUAAUCAAAAUCAAAAUAGAAAAACAUUCUUGAUCUAGGGGAUGUUGUUGAAGUUAUACCUAACCCAAAAGAGGCUAUAAUAAUACUAUUGGUUUGUAAUUUGUGUACAUUUCGUUGUUAUAGCUUGAGUUUGAACCUAACUUCACUAAAGCGGAGAGCCUAGUCUACACCGAUAAUGAUAUUGUAGUAGUUUUAGAGCAGCCAAUGAAAGAUCAGAAUGAUGACAACACACAAGUCUGGUGGUCAGUCUGGUCGCAAGAAAGUCCAGGUAUCUUUUGUUAUUCGGGAUGAAGUAGAAAAACAACACCGUGCAGGAGUGAACUCGCUCCAGUAUGAUCCGACAUUGCAGAGGCUAUACUCAGCGGGUCGAGACAGCAUCAUCCGCACGUGGAACUGCAAACAACCCAAGGAUCCGUACAUCCAGUCCAUGGAGCAUCACACGGACUGGGUCAACGACAUCGUUCUAUGUUGCGGCGGGAAAAACUUGAUAUCAGCUAGUUCAGACACAACUGUGAAAGUGUGGAACGCUCACAAGGGCUUCUGCAUGUCAACGUUACGUACACACAAGGACUACGUGCGAGCGCUGGCGUACGCUCGGGACAGGGAACAAGUUGCGUCUGCUGGCCUCGACCGUGCAAUCUUCCUCUGGGACGUUAACACUCUUACGGCACUCACUGCCAGCAAUAACACUGUUACUACAUCUUCUUUGAAUGGAAGUAAAAACUCCAUUUACAGCCUAGCAAUGAACCCUCCUGGUACUGUGAUUAUCAGUGGAAGUACAGAGAAAGUUUUGAGGGUUUGGGACCCACGGUCUUGCAACAAACUCAUGAAACUCAUCGGACACGCAGACAACGUGAAGGCCCUGGUAGUGAACAGAGACGGAACUCAGUGUUUGUCAGGCAGUUCAGACGGAACUAUCAAGCUGUGGUCGCUCGGCCAGCAGCAGUGUGUUCACACCUUCAGAAUACAUUCCGAGGGCGUCUGGGCUUUGCUGGCAACGGAAAACUUCACCCAUGUGAUAUCUGGAGGCAGGGAUCGGAAGGUACUCAUGACAGACUUACGGAACCUGAACAAACAGUCAAUCUGCAUCUGUGAAGAGAGCGCUCCGAUCCUCAAGAUGGCUGCCCCACCUGACUUUAGUGGGGUUUGGGUAGCUACGUCAGAAUCUACCAUCAACUACUGGGCGGUACCUAAGAGGGACUGGAUCUCUGAUGGUGGGGUGGGCUCGGGGGACGAGAGUGAUUGCAUGAACGGAGUCACACCCAUCAACGCAAAGCCAGAUAUGACCAUCAAAGGAGGUCCAGCGAUACGCAGGUUCCACAUCUUGAAUGACAAGAGGCACAUACUGACACAGGAUACAGAAAACAACGUGGCCAUCUUUGAUGUUUUAAAGGCUUGCAAGGUUGAAGAUUUGGGACAAGUAAAUUUUGAUGAAGAGGUUAAAGCAAGAUUCAAAAUGGUGUACGUUCCAAACUGGUUUAAUGUAGACCUCAAAACUGGGAUGCUUACAAUUCAUUUGGGACAAGAUGAAAACGACUGCUUCUCUGCCUGGGUCUCGUCAAAAGAAGCUGGUCUUGCUCCUAAUGAAAUGGUUGACCAAAAAGUCAACUAUGGAAACCUAUUAUUGAAAGCCUUGUUGGAGAAUUGGUGGACAACAGUGCAUGUUGAUGAAGAGACUGAGAUAUCAGGCGAUGCCCACAACAUGCCUCAGCAGUCCAAGUUUGGAAACGAGUACUUCAAAGUUCCUGGCCACACGCCAUUGAUUUUUAGUGAGGUGGGGGGAAGAACUUUGUAUCGUCUGUUGGUGAGAGAUGCCGGGGGUGAAACUGAGACUGUACUGCUGAAUGAGACUGUACCUUCAUGGGUAGUGGACAUCAUAGUGGAGAAGAACAUGCCAAAGUUCAACAAAAUACCUUUCUAUCUCAUACCAUUGCCUUCUGCUGGAGCCAAGAAUUCCAAGAGAGACAGACUGAUAGCAAACGACUUCAUACAGAUGCACAAGGUGGCCGAGCAUGUGUAUGAGAAGGUGCUUGGAUCAGACUCAGGCUCCGUGGCAGUGUCCCCUGGAAUGGAGGACCAGGACAACGGAUCUUUGGCCGAGGAGAAAGUGGAAUUGCUGUGCAAUGAUCAGGUAUUGGAUCCUAACAUGGACUUGAGGACGGUUCGACAGUUCAUCUGGAAAACCUCAGCUGAUCUGGUUCUACACUUUAAGCCAAUCAAGGGCCUGUCAACAAUCUCUCAAAGAACUUGAUAAGUGUUACAUUCCAAUGAAUAAUUUUAUAUCUGUACAAUUUAUUUUUUUAAAUAUUAUUUAUGGUGUUUUAAAUGCCCUGUACAUAGUUCAGUAUUCGUAUUUUGUGAUACUUUUGUUAUUUAUAUAACUUAUACAUUUAAUUUUAAAAUUAACUGUUUAUCUAAGCAUAGUUGAAUAUUGUAAGGUUGAUAUUGCUGUUAUUUAAUGAAGUCAUUAGAAAUAAAUAUGGUGACAUUGGUAGACUACCUACUAGUUGAUCCACGACAUAAUGAAGUGUUUAAUUUUUAUUGAAUUGUUAUAGCGAAUUUCCCAUAUAGAGAAUAAGCUAUUACCGUAGGUCUCAUAGUAAGACCUAGACCCCGCCAGGACCGCUUUGCUUUUUCGUUUUGAUGUCUACAGAGGCCAAAAACCCCAUCCGUUCAUAUAAAUAUUUGACCAUUUGCAUGAUAACUUUAGCAAAAUCAUAUACAAUUUUGAACAAAUUUGGUACAAACGUUGUUGCAUACUAGUUCACCACUUUUCCUUAUUUUUAUUCCAAAUUGAUUUCAAUCUAAUAUAUAAAAUUCUCGUGUCACAGUGUUUGUCUGCAAACUCCUCCGGAACGACUUCACCGAUCGUUAUGAAAUUUGGUGUGUAAAUUCUGUAGGUAUGCGAAUCGGACGUAAACUAUU